CCGCUCGAUGACGUUUCUUCAGCCUUCCCGGUGCGGUUAACGAGGCGGCCGUCGCGGCCCCGUCGCGCGGUGAUGACGUAUCCUUAGCAACGCGUCGCGUUGCCAGGGGCGGCCAUGGCGGAGGCGGCCAUGGAGGACCCGGCCCAGCUGUGGCCGCCGCCCGUGGGCACCUACGCGGAGGAGCAGGGGCUCUUCCAGAUCCUGCAGAACAUGCUUGAAGAGCUAUUAAUUCAUAAGCCAGAUGAUCCCAUUGAGUUCAUGAUAAACCAUUUGAAGCAAAACAACGACGAUGCUCCAAAAAUUUGUAUACUUGGUCCACCUGCUUCUGGGAAAACUACAGUUGCAAUGUGGCUUAGUAAACAUUUUGAUGCCAUACGUGUCUCUCAGGAGACUUUGUUAUUCAACGAAACAUUAGCGCUGACGGAGGAAGCAAAGGCACAUAAAGAAAAAAAUCAGAAAAUUCCCAACGCGCUUUGGGCCAAUCUGAUCCAGGAACGUCUGUCAAACGUGGACUGCAUCAAACAAGGAUGGAUUUUGGAAGGCUUCCCUGAAAAUCAGGAACAGGCAUGGAUGCUGCAAUCCUUUGGCAUCUUUCCUAGACAUGUUGUUAUGCUUUAUGCUUCAGACACCGUGUUGAUUGAGAGGAACAGUGGGAAAAGGCUUGAUCCCCUCACACAAGAGGUUUAUCACACAACCUUCGACUGGCCGAGUGAUCCCCUGGUACAGGAGCGGCUGGUGAAACCAGAGGAUCUGUCUGAACAAGAGGUGUCCAAGAAACUGCUGGAAUAUCACAGAAACUUCCCUGAGGUUUUCCAGAUCUACCAGAAAGUUCUGAAGUCGAUCAAUGCAGACCAGCCUUCCGUGGAUGUGCUCUCCCAGGUUCUUACCUAUGUCCAGACACGGCACAGAUCAGCCGCCCCCUUUACCCCACGGAUCAUCUUUUGUGGCCCCCCAGGCAGUGGGAAGAGCCUGCAGGCAGCACUAAUAGCUCAGAAAUACGGUGUUGUCAACAUUUGCUGUGGGCAACUGCUAAAGGAAGCUGUUGCAGACAACACAAAUCUUGGAGAACUCAUUAAACCUUACAUUGACAAUGGAUGGCCAGUCCCAGACAACCUUGUUCUGGAGCUCCUGACGCAGCGCCUGAGCUCCCUCGAGUGCCUGACCGAUGGCUGGGUGCUCUCCGGCUUCCCCAGGGACAUCGAGCAGGCAGAGAAGCUGCAGAAAUCACAGAUUAACCCAAACAGCAGAUGGAAGGGGAGAUCGGAUGAACGGUGGCAGUACAGAGCGCCUUGGGCAAUGGAAGAAGGAAAAAAAGGGUAUUUUUCUUUAAUCUGCCCUACGAGUCCAUCAUGGAGCGACUGUCCCAGCGGAGAACGGAUCCCAUCACUGGGCAAAGGUACCACACCACAUUCAGACCAGCUCCCACCCCAGAGAUCCAGGCCCGGCUCAGGCAGAACCCCAGAGAUGAGGAAGAAAAUAUUGAGAAGCGCCUGGAAACCUAUUACAGGAAUGUCAAGGACCUGGAGGAUUUUUAUGAAGAGGCCUUUUAUGUCAAUGCUGACCAAGACCCUUAUGUUGUCUUUGAGUUCAUAGAAAGCUGUAUCAUUAAGCCCCUUCCAUGUAGGAAAUUUAGACAUUUAUAAUUAAAAAGGAUGGUUUCUGGAAGAGUUGAUUUUAAAUUUUUCCCUGUAAUAUUUGCAGUCUGGUUGCUGAAGUGGCAGGUUAUCACAAGGGAAGAGGAAGUCAGCCAAGCUGUGUUAAAUUUGGAGCUCACCAAGGCUGAGUGAAGUACAGAGAGUAAGAAACUGGGCUUUAGAGGAAAUAUUUUUGGCUUUUGCUUCAUGAUGUAAAGUAUGAAACACUGUGGUGAGGGAAGUCCUGUUUAAUUCAAAUAUCUUUUUCUCUUUCUGAAUAGUGGUUUUGUCUUAACUGUGCAAUACCCACGAAGCCAAUCUGGACUAUUAAAGCUGUUAGAUGUGUUUGUGUCUUAA